CGAUGAGGAGGUCAACUUUAAGAGGAUCGAGGCAGCUCUCAAUUCCAUCACUGCAAGGACUCACUGGAGACCUCGUUACCAGGGCCAUCCGUAAGGCCAAUUCAUCGCUUUUCCUUCAUUGAUAAGAUACCUGUUGUCGUCAUGUCGGACAAACACACCCCCAAAGCCCCCUCCAAUGAAGAUGGUAUCAAUCGAGUCGUUUCGGCCCCCUGCGAGGGUGAAUGCAAGGAGAUCGAGGCCCAAAAUGCUGAUCCGGCCCUGGCAUUCAUGAGGGGCGAGGUCCUCUCGUACACUGCCGAAGAGGCGAGAGUCGUCCUACGCAAGAUCGACUGGGCAUUGAUGCCUAUGCUGUGCUGGGUGUACGCAUUGCAGUUCGCCGAUAAGACGUCUCUCAACUACGCAUCUUUGAUGGGUAUACGCGAAGACACGAAGUUGAACCCUAAAUCCCAAGAAUUCAGCUGGGCUUCGAGCAUCUUUUACGCCGGCUACAUUGCCUAUGAAUUCCCCACGACCUACCUCCUACGUCGCUUGCCUUUGGGCAAGUAUACUGCAAUCAAUAUCGCGUUAUGGGGUGCAGUGCUUACGUGUCACUGUGCCGUUGGCAGCUACCCUGGUCUGCUCAGUGUACGCUUCUUCUUGGGUGCCCUCGAGGCUACUGUAACGCCGGCAUUCGUCAUUUUAACAUCCAUGUGGUACAAGCAAGACGAGCAAGCAAGACGUAUGGGCUACUGGUUGUCCUGUAACGGCGUGGCUCUACUGACGUUGGGACCUAUGGCUUAUGGUCUAUCUGGUGUUCACAACUCGUCACUCGCCACCUGGAAGAUACUGUUCCUUGUCCUCGGCUUACCCACGAUCCUGACUGGUGGGCUGCUCAUCUAUUACAUGCCCGACAACCAGAUCAACGCCAGAUUCUUGAACGAUCGCGAAAAGCGCAUUGCCAUUGACCGGAUUCGCGGUAACAACCAAGGCAUUGGGUCCAGGGUGUGGAAGUGGGAACAAUUCUUCGAAGCCUUUCGCGACCCACGAACAUAUCUUUACGUCCUGUUCUCGUUGCUCAUGAACAUACCAAAUGGCGGUAUCACAUCGUUUGGUUCCAUCAUCAUCAACUCUUUUGGCUUCAGUUCCCGACUAUCUUUGCUUUUGAACAUGCCGACGGGCGUUGUUGACAUAUUCUGCAAGCUUACAUUUACAUGGCUUUCCGACAAGUAUCUCGACAGGACCCUUUUCGCCUUCAUCGCCAUCCUUAUCCCAAUGAUCGGAGGUAUCAUGAUGAUCACGCUCCCUCUCAGUUCUCAGGCAGCACUCCUUGUCGGAUACUACUUUAUCGGUGCUGCCGGCUCAGCUUGGUGCCUCGUCAUGGUCAUGAUCUCGAACAACACUCUGGGAUACACGAAGAAAGCGACCGUAAGUGGGGCCCAGAUUCUUGCUUACGCAGCUGGCAACUGGAUCGGGCCUCAGACCUUCCGCGCCAAUGAGAGGCCUCUGUACAAGAAUGGCAAGAUGAUGGUCGCCAUUAUGUACGGCUUGGCCGCUUGCACCUUGAUAGCGAUUCGCUUUGUCAAUAUUUGGGAAAACAAGAGGCGAGACAAAAAGGCUGUAGAGCAACAGGAAGUUCAGGACGUUGAGAAUGUGGAGUUUCUUGAUCUGACUGAUUUCCAAUUGCCAAAUUUUCGCUAUAUUCUGUAAAGAGCAUAUAAGGGAAGUAUUGCUCACUACAUAAGUACGCUUAUAGCUGCCGCUCUCUGCCGCUAUGACUUUGCCGCAAACUCAUUUAUGGCGUCUUCAUUCUUGUAGGUCCGCAUUCGAUAUUCAUUUUUGUAGAUCUGCAUUCGAUAUUAUGUUUGCAAUAAGAGUAGACUCGAAGCAUAGAAUCUAUGCUAGAAACCCCCUAGUUAACCUGAGAAUCUGCGAAUUAUUAUGAUCAUAGUAGCUUCAAGUUUAGUUGCUAUAUAGUGCCAUAACCUUCAAGCG